AUGGCACGCGUCAAGACAUCAGCGCGUCUUCUUGGGCUCGCCUUCUUUGCCCUGCAGGGCGCUCUGGCGGCUAAAGCUCCGGACAUCACCCACCAGUCCCCAGAGCAUGCGCCGCCCAUUCCCUAUCUCAACCUCAUGGCCUUGUUCACAAUGCCCCAGAAUGUCAGCCGCGUUUCAUCCGAAGAGUCAGAUCUCCUGCCCAACCUCUUUGACAAGAGACAACGCGAAGAGGAUGGGAACGGAGGCCUCUUGUGCAAAAAGGGUCCCUGUCCCGACGGAAGUUGCUGCGGCCCUGCGGGAGUAUGUGGUUACGGUGAGGAUUUCUGUGGCGUCGGCUGCAGCAGCAACUGUGAUGCCGUGGCCAUGUGCGGCGAAUUCUCCGACGGAGGAAACACAAAGUGCGGCAUGAACCUGUGUUGUAGUUGGGGUGGAUGGUGUGGAACAUCCGAAGUUCAUUGCAUCGGGCCAAACAAGUUCACACCGUGCCAGGAAGGGUUCGGCUCGUGCGAGAUCAUCCGACCAAAGACAUGCGGCGAGGGCUCUGGAACGACAAAGGGCCGGACCGUUGGGUAUUACCUGGCGUCCAACAGCAGAGACCGUCUCUGCAACCGCAUCUUUCCCAAGGAUAUCAAGGCCGCGGAUUACACCCAUCUCUUCUUCUCCUUUGCAUCCAUCGACCCCAAGACCUUUAAGAUCCGGCCCUGGGAUGACGCCGACAUUCCGCUGAUGAGGGAGUUCACGGCUCUCGAGACGAAUACCUGGAUCGCCGUCGGCGGCUACACAUUCAGCGACGUGGGCGACACACACACGACUUGGAGUGACGUGUGUUCCACCCCUCAGAACAGGGCCGCCUUCAUCCAAUCGUCGGCUGAGUUCAUGGCCAAGUACGGCUUCACGGGGAUCGACCUAGACUGGGAGUACCCUGUGGAGGCUAAGCGGGGAGGCUCCAAGGGAGACACUGAGAACUUCGUCAAGCUCGUCAAGGAGAUGAGAGCAGCCUACGGAACCAAGUACGGUAUCAGUUUGACUCUUGCGCCCGACUAUUGGUAUCUUCGGUACUUUGACGCAGAGGCCAUGCAGCCCUAUGUCGACUUUUUCGGCUUCAUGGCGUACGAUUUGCAUGGGUCCUGGGACUCUGACGUGCAAACUUUGGGAUCUCUGGUGCGCGGCCAGGCAGAUGUGCGAGAGAUUUAUAAUGUCACGACCGACUUUGUGAACACCUUGCCCCUCUGGUAUGCAAACCUGGAUCCGGCCAAGAUCAACUUUGGCCUUGCGUGGUACGGAAGAGGAUACACGCUGUCUGACGCCAGCUGCAACACGCUCGGAUGCCCGUUUGCAGGUCCCAGCAAGGCGGCCGAGUGCACCCACCAGGACGGCGUCAUGUCGCUCCUAGAGAUCAAGAAGCUCAUCAAGGAGAAGAACCUGACGCCGCGCCUCAACAGCGAGUCGAUGAUGAAAGAGCUCAUCUGGGACGACCAGUGGAUCGGCUACGACGACGAGGAGACACACGAGAUGAAGCGCAAGUUCGCCAACAACCUCUGCUUCGGCGGCACCAUGGCGUGGUCCGUCGACUUCAACUCGGGCACUGGCGACGGCGACAGCGCGCCCAUAUCCACGGACGGACGAUGCGGUCCCGCUGGCGGCGGCUUCAGGUGCGAGGGCAGCACGUUCGGCGACUGCUGUUCGUCGUUUGGAUAUUGCGGAAGCAGCGAGACGCACUGCGGCUCUGGCUGCGUGAGUGGAAAGUGUGUGGAGGGACAGGAGACGACGGACGGAACCUGCGGCGCGUCGGCGCACGGGGCCUUCUGCGGUCUGUGGCCCCAGGGGAGCUGUUGCUCGUCUUCUGGAUACUGCGGUGAUAGCGAGGGUCACUGCGGUGCGGGCUGCCAGAGCGGCGCCUGUCUGGAUGAGCCGGCCAGUGGCAAGGGCUCGGGGCCCAUCUACAUUGCGCCUGAGGUCUACGAGAGCCCGGACCCGGUCGCGCAGUGCUUCCCGCCGUGCACGCUAAUCAUGCCGCCGUGGUCCCUCGCCAAGCCGACGACCAUCUCCCGCCCCGCCACCACCGUCUCGUAUCUCGACACGUGGGACACGACCGUCGUGACGACCAGCACCGUCAUCUCGCUGCAACCCGUCACCACGACCCUGAUCGAAGUAUGGAAUGUGAUAUGGAUCGACGGCGACAACGAGGACGCCAAGACUCGCACUACCGUCGGCCUCACGUCGAGCGUCGACUUCCCGCCAGUUACGCUCACCAGGACCAGGACAGGACAGCCUCCCGUCACCUGGACAUACUCGCCCGGGCCUUGGCCUACCAUUGACUCGACCGACGACAACCCUUUCCCUCCGCCUCCUCCCCCUCCUGCGGGCCAGCCACCAUCUAUCACUGCCGUGAGGGGCCCGCCAAAGCCGACCUGCAAGCCUGGGCAAAAGUGCGGAAGCCUUUGCAAGCACAAUUGCGGCGGUGGAGACAAUGACAACAGUGGCGGCGGCGGUGGUGGUGGUGGUGGAGUUCGCGGGCGUCCUUGCAUUGGCAUCUGCGGCUGCAUUGGCCCCAUCUGCAACACCCCCAAUCGCAACUGCGUUGGCCCGGUCUGUCCACCCGGCAGUGGUGGUGGAGGAGGUGGCGGCGGCGGCGGCGGUGGUGGUGAUCCCAACGAUCCGGAUGAAGAAGAAGACGAGGAUGACGAGUGCACCACGAGAACAGUGACCGACCGCUGGGUCUCUUGUGACGCUCAGCGGACAACGGAGUGCACGACUUACUCUACCUCGCUUGUCAGCGAAUGCUCAGCAACAGGCAUAGCAACGACCACCAUAGGCGGAAGCUGCCCAAUACCUACCUAUGACUACGACCUGCAGGAUACACAUGAACAGGUCCCAGUCGAAUACAGCCUCACACAGGGAACAACCGUCUACAAUGGAAGGACUCGGACGACUUACGGGUGGACCUUCAACCCACCAGGCGGCACUAAACCAACCCGCGGGGGCAACGGCAACGGAGGACAGGGCACGCGUACCUCUGCCCAAUCCAGCGGAGGCAUCACUCCACGACCCACCAUUACCUCCACAGCAUACCAUCUCCCAGGCGCGCCCACCCUCGCGACAGUCGAACCGCCUUAUAGCGGCAGCGAGUGCAGCUCGUAUCUGCACACGACCAGGUGCAAUGCCGCUGGCGGCCUGCAGGCUUGCCUGACACAGGAUCUGUGCGUCCCGACCAGGCCCUGCUACUAUACAUACGCUGCAUCGGGCACCCCUUCGUGUUCGGGCGAGUACUCCAUCUGUCUGAGCACCACUAUCUUCACCAGAUGCGGCUUGAUAGGCGCCGUCGCUGCCCGGGCUGACGCGACUCCGGCUCCCUCCCCUAACCAUAACGUCAUCGGCGAUGCGACCGUCACAGCAGCACCAUCGGUUCCGACAUCUGAUCCCAGUCUCAAGCUCGAAGAAGACCAUGAUCGUCAUCAUGCUCAUCAGUCGGCCGAACCAGCUUAUCCUGGCCAUGGCCACGACGAGUCGGCUGAUAACGAACUGGUGGGUUCUGUCCCGGACGCCCCUCACAACCAGAGCAGCGCUGCGACGAACGAGUUGAGCCUCAUCUCCGCUCGACAAAACGCCGUCGGCUGUGGCGGCAGCAGCAAUGGUGGAUGCGACUACCUCCGCUUCUGCGCGUCGGGCAUGUGCGCCAAGGCAGAGAAGGUCCCUUGCCUCGAAGCGCGAAUUAAGGCUCAUAUGGGCAUCACUUCCGGUAUUGACCUUGAAGCCACGGUCACUGAAGACGGUGUCCUGAAAUGCAAAGCCACGCGGCAUUGCCCACUACUAUGGGACGACGACUGCGGCGGUGUCGACUCGUUCGACUGCGGCGACGGCAGCACCAUGGGUUUCAAGUACAACUACGUCUCGUACUACAGUAAGAAGUACGACCGCAACUAUCCCAUGUACCUCGAACUGUCCGUGGAUGCCAGGCUGGUUUAUUGCACACAAGACCUUCUCUUUAGGAAGAUUCCGUAUGUGUGUUGGGAGGAUGAGUAUAAGUGGAAGGAUGGGCCUUGUAGGGGUCUUGGUCUCUGA